AUGGCCCUUGAGGUCCUCGCCGCCGAAGCUGACCCUGUGAGGCAGACAACCUUCCUUCAGGAGGAGUUUGAUGAUACGUUGAAUGCCCUAUGCCCCUUCCACAAGGACACAUGCCACAAUCUUCAGGAUUGCACGGAAGAUAACUACCGCGACAAUCACCAUCGCGACGACCGCGACAACCUCCAUCGUGAUGACCGUGAUGACCAACGCAGAGAAGAGCACCAUGACCAGCCCAACCCCGAUGCCAAUCAGGGCGCUGAAAACAACAACGGUAAGUUCCAGCACAUCGAGUGGGAAGUGAACAUCAUCAUCGGUGGCCCUAAAGCUUUCUGUAGCAACCGCAAGCACAAGUUGCAAAGGUGGGAAGUGCACUUCAUUUCCGUCACACCAGUCCAGUAUCUGCGCUGGUCGGAGAUGCCCAUAACCUUCUUUAGGAAGGAUCAUUGGGUGCACCUCCAGGACCCCAGGUCUUACUCGCUAGUGGUGUGUCCCACCAUAGACAGAGUCCUCCUCUCCAAGGUGCUGAUCGAUGUCGACAGCGGCCUGAACAUCAUCUUCAUCAGGACCCUAAAAUGCAUGGACUUCAACUUGGAGCGGCUCCUAACCUAUGAAGACUUGUUCUACGGCAUAGUACACGGCAAAGGAUCCUAUCCUAUUGGGAGAGUCAUCCUGCUGGUCACUUUCGGUACCCCUGACAACUAUCACACUGAGCACCUCCCCUUCAAGGUUGCCAACUUCAAGACCUACUACCAUGCCAUCUUUGGCAGGCAAAUGCUAGCAAGGUUCAUGGAAAUUCCCAACCAUACCUACCUCAUCCUCAAGAAGCCGACUCCAAACGGCAUCCUCUCCAUCUUUGGCGAUGCUCAAACGUCCUACAAGUGUGACACAGAAGCCAUGCAGCUCACCGAGACCCUAGAAUACUCAGCCAAUGCAACCAUGAUGCUCACCGAGUCCAAGUAG